AUGGAGUUCCUCUACUCUGACCCAGUUGACCCGCAGAUUGUAGCACAAUCAUGCUCGACACGACUUGCUGUGCGAAAGGGUAGAAACUCUCAUAUUGCCGAUACCGCAAUUGGGGAGUUCAGGGAAGAAUGGGGUAGCGCCGACAGACAAGGAUUCUGUAGUUCGGCAUGUCCUUGCGGGCCUUUCAUUGCUCUUGCUGUACCAGAAGCCAAACCGGAGCGAAUCGCUAUUGUGACCAAAACCCUUGAGUUUAUUUUCACACUUGAUGACCCCAUUGUUGACUCAACCGAGUUUGAAAAGGUGGCUUCAACACGAAACUGGGACACACGAGGCUUGGUAUCCGAGCGCCAGUUGCAAUAUUCAGUCAAAGCUCGACACGAUUGGGGAACACGCAAAACGCAACUUUGUACGAAAAUUCUGGUCGACCUCCUCGCGAUCGAUCCAGUUCGAGGGCAAGUGGUCAUUGAGGCACUGGAGCAAUAUCGCUCGUCGCUUGGGGGGAAGCGGGCCGUUGAAAUUCACGACUGGGAUAAAUGGCUCGCCUAUCGCUGGGAGAAUGCUGGCUGUGCCAUGUUCCUUGGGUUAAUUUUUUAUGCAUGCGAACUCGACCUGACUCGGCGUGAUCUGGAUACCGUCCAUCAUAUCGCUUGGAAAGCAAUGGCGAUGACAGUUCUUAGCAAUGAUCUGUACAGCUUCGAAAUGGAAGCUAUUCUUGGCAUCCAAGCUGGCGGAAGAAUAAGCAAUGGUGUUUGGCACCUAAUGAAGCAUCGGAACAUCACGGCCAAAGAGGCGAAGCACAUUUUGCUCAUAGAGAAGCUUAGGCCACUCGAAGAACAGUUCCUUGAGGAAAAAGCUAGCUUUUCCAGAGCUCAUGGGAGAGACUUGCCGCAAAUUGUGCACUAUCUUGAUCUGCUUGAGCUUGCGGCCUCCGGAAACUGGUACUGGGGCUCUCAAUGCUAUCGCUACCACUCCUGGAAAGAGAACAUCACGCAGUUUGGAGAUCGGCCUAUUUCAUCUUACAACAUCCAGAAAUUUGAUGAGGCAACUUCAAAAUGCGAAGAAUACCUGAAAGCCGCUGCAAAUAAUGACCAGCCGUCGAAACUUGAUGACAGACAGACUGGGACUUUACUGAAGGAUCAGACAAUGGUUAAAGACAAUGGCGACGAGGUCCCUCGAGAAAUCCAGAGGCAGUGCUUGGAUGAAAAGCUCGUUUUUGCUCCAAUUAACUAUCUGGAAUCUGUCCCAUCUAAAAACAUCAGAGGGACUCUGAUCGAAGGAUUGAGCUCAUGGUUCGCCGUUUCCCGGGAUGCUCUUGAUCUUAUUAAAAGAGUCGUAUCCAAUAUUCACAGUGCGUCCUUGCUGAUUGACGACAUCGAAGACGGCUCACCUCUUCGGCGAGGGCAACCGGCAGCCUAUCGCGUGUUCGGACGGGCACAGACAAUUAAUUCCGCCAAUUUCCUCUGGGUCCUUAUAUCAGAAGAUACUUUUCAUUUGAGCAAGGACUCCCAGAGAGUCAUCGCCGGCCCUUACCAUAGGUCAGAGUUACGAUAUUUACUGGACCCAUACAGCUUCUUGUCCAUCACUCGCGGAGUACCUGGAAGUAUGCAAGUCAAGGCUAUCGACGUGGAUGACCUCAGAAACUUCCUACAUCUCCUUGGGCAAUUCUUCCAAAUUCGCGAUGAUUAUAUCAAUCUCACUUCCGCCAAGUACGAGAAAGAAAAGGGCUUUGCGGAAGAUUUAGACGAAGGGAAAUUCUCCUUGCCCAUGAUUCAUCUUCUGAAUAGCUCCAAAGAUCGGCUGAUGAUUGAGUGCAUCUUACAACAGCGAUCACGCGAUGGCAGCAUGUCCCCAGAAAUGAAAAUGCUGGUUCUGGAGAAAAUGGACGAGGCAGGCAGCCUGGAGUUUACCAGGGCAACCCUUCGUUCCGUUGAAACAAAAGCAAGAGAGGCACUUGCCUUGCUUGAGCAGCAAGCAAAAACACCCAAUUAUAUACUACAAUACCUGCUCAUGCGCCUUUCCAACGUCAGAAAGUGA